CCCACAGUGGCCGGUUGGCUACUUUUCCCGCCCGGUGGCGUCGGUGAGAGCCCCUGGCCCGGGCCAUGGAGGGGGCCCGCCCCACCGGUGCCACCGCCGCGCGCUACCAGCCGGCCUGCCCCACGCGGGAGGCCUGUGUCUACAGCAGCUGCUAUUGCGAGGAAAAUAUUUGGAAGCUCUGUGAAUACAUCAAAACCCAUGCACAAUGUCCGUUAGAAGAGUGCUAUGCUGUCUUCAUAUCAAAUGAGAAGAAGAUGAUUCCUAUCUGGAAACAGCAAGCAAGACCUGGGAAUGGACCUGUGAUCUGGGAUUACCAUGUUGUUUUGCUUCACACAUCAAGUGGAGGACAGAGCUUCAUCUAUGAUCUCGACACUGUUUUGCCAUUUCCCUGCCCAUUUCACACUUACGUAGAAGAUGCUCUUAAGUCUGAUGAUGACAUUCACCCACAGUUUAGGAGUUAUGAACGACAGAAAGUAAUUUCUCCUUUUAGUUUCCUGGAUUUUCUUUUUACCGUUCACCCUAAAUUGUGUUUUCAGCAGACAUUUCUUCCAUGUGUUUUUCUAGACUCCAAAAUGAACCUGGACGAUUUCAUCAGUAUGGAUCCUGAUGUGGGAUGGGGAGCUGUCUAUACACUAUCAGAAUUUGUACAUCGGUUUAGCAGUAAAAACUGCUAAACUUGACAUCAGGACAUGGAACUGUGGAGAAAUUCUAUGAUGAGCCAUCCUGUCAUUUAGGACAGCAGACAUUAUGGAACAGUUGGCUUGGAGUUAAGUUUUUCUCUUUUAGUUCAGUUGAGUGGAAAUAUGACUGAAUAUAAAUACAAAUGAAGGAAAUGAAACCUUUUCUUUGGGACUGGGGAUCUACUACUGUGUUAUCCUUAGCCAAAAAAGGCCCUACGUUUGGUUCUUAUAAUGAUGCCCUAAGUAUUUAUUUUUGUGAUCCAAAUCAUAAAAACAAACAAAUCAAAAAACCCCCACAAAAAACAAAUCUUUCCUUUUGAUAAUGUCAAGUUAUAGUAUAUGAUUGUUAAAACAUUCCUGUGGCUCAUUUGUCAGAAUGUUAGAAUGUUAUGGUCUUAUUAAGUAGAAGUAUGGACUUGGAAUUUGGAGCCUUUUGUCUUUUCUGGAUGCUUCCUAUGUUUCUUGCUAUACUGAAAGCAAUUCUUGGGUAGGGCUGUGAAUGGUGGCUCUGUGAUUCUCCAAUGCCCGUAAGAGAUGCCCAUAAAAUGUUUCUAGAGACAGCACAGCUGCUUGGAAAGGGACAGUAUUGUAGGCUGAAUCAGCAAUAAGUAUUAGUCAUUUUGGACUAUCAUGGUAAAAAAAAAGUUUGCAAUUCUCUUGGGCUGAGUGUUAUUUGACCUAUUUAUAUAUGGUUUUAAAUAAAAUUUACUUAAAAUUAACUUUGUUUUGAAGAGUUUUUCUUCUGUGAUUAAACCUAGGGCCUUGAACAUGUAUAUGCUAGGCAAGUGUUAGAUCACUGAGCUGUAUCCAACUCUUUGUGUCCAUUGUGACACGAAAUAUAUACGAAUGUAUUACU